AUUAUUUUUCACAGAACUGUACGGGGUUUGUUUUUAACUGGUCUCUGCUUCAAUUCUUUGGUAUUCUCGGUAUCCUGUUCUUUUAAAAGCAAUGAUUCGUGGCAAAGUAGGAUCAUUAUCAAGGUUCCGUUGUUUUGGGAGCAGAACUUUGACCAGCAUUGCAGAUCAGAGUGUUGCCUUCGAAGAAUUCCGCACAAAUGAGACUGAACCUUCCCGGCAGAGUCUCCUGCAUGAGGGCAAGUUUUACGAAAUACAUCCCAGUGUUAGAAAGCAGCUGUUCACUCAUGGAGGACUGCCCAAGGUGUAUGAGAAGCAGAUGAAGACCUUCGCAGAAACCACUUUGAUGGUCAGAAAACCCGCUUUGGAAAUCAUGGAUUACAUCAAGAGAACCAACUUCAGCAAACCCAUCAUCCGGUACGUUCUCUAUGGCAAAGAAGGAGUAGGGAAAUCUAUGACCAUGGCUCACUUACUCCAUUUCGGCAUGGAGAAUGACUUUAUCAUUGUUCAUGUUCCAUGGGUGGCCAAUUGGAUGAAGAGACCACGAGAACUGGUGACAUUAAAUGAUCCGGAAGGAUUUUUUGAUAUGCCAUUGGAUGCUGCAGCUUGGUUGAUUCACUUCAAAACGCAGAAUCUUCCCCUCCUGUCCCGUCCCGAGCUCAUUGUUAGCAAGGAGUACGCCUGGAGUCAAAGGGAAUCUACCCCGAAAGGAGCAAGCUUGUUGGAACUUGUGGAACAUGGAAUAAAUCGAAUGAAAUUCGCCACGGGGACUAUUGAAGCUCUCCUGGCAGAGCUGAAGGUGCUCUCAAGUGCAGGAAAGUGCAAGACAAUGGUGGCUAUUGAUGGAUUCAAUGCAUUCUUGGUUGAAAAGACAACCCUUCAGGGUCUCCAUAAAGUUCGAAUCCCUCCGCAGAAGAUCACCAUUGUUAAGCCCUUCAUGGACAUUGUAAACUGCGACUGGCAGAAUGGAGUUUGCAUCAUCAGCCUGGACAAAUUGGCCAUUCCUCGUGGCAUCACUGACAGCGAAUUGCCCCUCAAUCUUCUGGGCAGGGCAGGAUUUGAACUUCUUGAUCCUUUUGUGCCCGUACGAGUAGAUGACUACACAGAAAAGGAAUACUACAGCUGCAUAGAAUACUACCUCAAUAGACGAUGGAUCCAGAACAGAAAAGAUGGAUUCGACGAGGAAUUGAAAUUUCUUAGUGCUAAAAAUCCUUUUAAAUUAAUGCAACUCUGUUCGUCUCUUUGAAUGAAGCAUUUUGAGUGUUCAAAAAAAUAGAAAUAAAUAGUUCAUAUUAAAAGAAAAA